AAGUGCUACUCGGACAGACAUGUCCUAUCUCCUCGCUUUAUCUGACCCCCUUGCAUACACACACAGACCUCCCCGGGGGUGGAAAAUACAGAUUUGUGCCUGUCAGAGUGAGGGUACAGACCAUGGGCGUUUACCUAGGAAAGGCUAGUCUCAUCGACCAAACAAGCAGGCACAGUUAAACUACAACGACAGACUUCGAUUAUCUGUAGUGUUGGCGGUAUGGAUUACGGCCUUGCCUUGCGUUAAAGGAACAGGUUAUGUUCACCGGUGAUUGUGGAUAGCCUUUGUAUACAUUAUAGAGGGACGCGCUUGUCGUGGCUUGAGGAAAGGACACUAGAAACAUUAUAGGUAACGUGUAUGGGAUAUGUGUUGUGGAAUCAGUACAUUGAGACACUGGCUCUACGACAAGGUCAUGUCCUGAGACCGUUUGAAUUAAUCUUGUGGUUGGUUGAAGCCAUAUGAACUGGUUUGUAUACAUACAGUUGGGUUUAACUGAUCACAAGGAUCUAACGUCACAUGUUUAAGGAGCCUAACGGAGAUAACACAUGUGGACGUGCUUAGUUUUGUUUUACUGAGACAUACACUGUGUUCACUGAAGAUCAAACUGUAGAUAUACUGAAGAUCAAACUGUAGAUAUACUGAAAGCAAGAGAAUAUGUGACAUGCCCUUCCAAGAAUGACUGCACACAACGGGAACAACUGAGAGUGUGCAUUGUGAUUUCAGGAAGCCUUUACCUAUGAAAGAACCGCUCAAAUAUUUACAAAAAAUCUGUUGGACGUUCCUCGGCGUGUCAUUUGCCGCAGUAUGGACAUAUGCUAUAAACCCAGCGGAUCGGGAUAAUCACAUUAUUCACCAAAUUAUUAAGCCAAUCAAUCAGCUCAGUAAGUCUGGUUACACAGACUAAACAAAGGCAUCCAGUUCUUAUCGUAAUCCUGACUGUGUAUCGACAUUCUGAUAUUGGAUCUCAUCAUAACCUGACCUGGAGGAAAUGUGCUUAAGUUUCAUAUCCGACUGUGUGUCGUAUUGUAAUCGGAACGUGCAGCUAGGGCUUGUUUGGUAAACUGUAUUAGUUCAAGAAAUCGGGCGGAACAUCAACGUAAACACAAAAGCAUGGCGGUCAUGGCAUCUUUACUGCAGUAACUUCUAAUGUUCACGGCAGUUGGAUUCAUACGGAGGUCCAGCAUAACAUGAUUGAUGCCUGACUGCCUGAAGAUAUGUCAAAUGAUCUUCAUAGGUUCACAGUCGGGUAUUAGAUAUACCACCCGAGUCAUAUCUAUAAUCAAACCAAAGGACUACCUCCAAUCUAUAUUUAUUGAUCUUCCCUGUUUACUGCCCAAUUCUAGCGUAAAAUCGGCUCACGCGAAGUUUCAAUAAAACAAAUCAGGCGAUUGACGGAGGUCGAAGCUUGUGGCUGUAACCAAUAAGAUUACCUUUGGAGCGCUGGAAGAUUAACGGAUUACUGUGAAUAUCCCUGACAUGACAUGCCGCCUAAAGCUGGAGACAAACUCCUGGGUCUGAGGAGGGAACGUACCCAACAUGGCCAAAAUGUUACAAGGAAACCGGAGAAAAACCAUUUCAACGCAUGGGAGGCCCCACUCCCUGAUGAUGACAUGGGACUUGUAUCCUGGAUGAAAUUCAAUGACUACCCUGAAAUGAAGCCAGCCAGUGACGAUGAUGAGGAUGACGUUUCAAGGAUACGACAAAAUGGAUUUCCUCUGUGUCCAUCAAUUGAAGAUGCCAGGGUAUUUGAACGACAAAGUCUCCAUGAUAGAUUUAAGACAUCAUCAUGUCAAUACACUGGAAACGACAACAACGAGAAAAAAGCCCCAAGUCCGCCCCAACCCCAAAUCACAGUUCCUCCAAAGACUACAGAAAAUGUAGUCCCUAAACAGAAAAUUAACGUUGAAAGUGUUAAACGUGCGUGUAAGAGUGCCAUUCCAACCCACCAAUCACCCGUUCUAACGUCAGAGGAAAAGGAGGCACUUAUUGCAGACGACAAUAUGUCACUUCCGGCCAGGAGUUGCACUUCUGUAGAUCAGUCCCAGACGACAUCAAAUGCUGUUGAUCUUGCAGAGAGUAAAACUAAAGUUAGGAAACUCAUGGGACUGGCUCAGAAAUACAUGAGCAAGAAUGACAAGGCUUGUGAUGAAGGAGAGGAUUUUAAUGACGAAGGAUAUGACUCAAAAAUAUCCAACGAAACGGAAGGAGUAGAGGAAUUAAAGAAUAUCGAAGAAGUGUUACUGGCGCGGGAAAAGUAUCUAGCAGAGACGUUUGAGGAAGAAGAAGGUCCUCAUCAAUUGAACUCUUUUCAGUGGGUCCGGGAUCCUGGUGGAAUGUCUCCUGGUAGGAUAGUUAAAUUGUCUUACGCCCAAAGAGAUAAAACUUUUUAUAGCUUAAAUGGUGACAAAUUUGAGUCUUUGUGUAGAACUCUAAGUAAACAGAAUACUGGGAACAAUUUCAGGGGCAUCAUGGCUGCUAGUCUCAGCAACCUCUCUCCAAGCUCACUGAACAUGCGCCAUUUUAGAGACUCUGGGAAUUUGCAACUUCUAAAUUGUGGCGUUCCUGCAACUCCCAGAUGGGGUUACGAAAAUAACAGCCGGGGUAAGUUUUUACCAACUCAGGGUGAUGGUGAUUCAAAGCCUAUGAUUCUCAGGAAAGUGACAAUACAAGAUGCUAAUGGUGAGGGCUGUGGAGCUGGCGAUUCCAACUCCUCCCCAGAAACACAAACGGCGGAAACACCCGAGUUCAAGCGAACAGAGACCACAUUAUACAGGGAGCGAUCAAAAGUUCAGGUUAAUCACACGUCGCCUCAGCUGACAAUAGAUUCUACUAAAAUCAACAGAAACGUGUCUAUACCUUCACCCCAACAGUAUAGGAACAUCAGCAAUAAGGUUGCUGCAAGAAGAGGGGAUUUAAGGACUCCAAAAUAUGACCCUCGGGACUACAUACUUACCGAUAACGCGUCCAAUUCACAUAUUCCACUAGGGGAUUUGUUACCCGCAGUGGAAAGGAGUAUCCGGAAGACCCAGUCUCAGAGAGGUCGAAGAUGUCCUGGAUAUGAAGCCUCACAACCAUACCCAUCUCUCUCAGAGGAGGAGAGAGCCAUCCUCAUCAAACGUGAUGUGGAUGCAUUGGCUGCCUCAUAUGAUACGCCUCACGGCCCCCCGGCGUUCCACCCUUUCCAUACGAGGUCACCCCUACAACGUGCCCAGGAAAUAUCCAAUAAGAGACUUCACGGACAUGUUACACAAAACCCGGAUGGUACUGAAACAGUGCGUGUUGCCUCGCCCCGGUAUCAAGCAAGAAUGCCUCACAGACGUAUAGGGUCUUCUACAGGGAAACUAAGGGUAAGAUUGGCCCUGUUUGGAUCAGUAACAAAACUACAGGACAGGGUGUCCACCCGAAGCUCACUUUCUAGGCAGCAGAGUAAUCAGCGGUCCAUUCAAACGGAGGUUUUAGAUGACUGAAUCCUGGAAAUGACUAAAGUACUUUAAUCAAGUAUAAAUUCGUUAAGAAGACAAGCCACUGUCAUUUGUUUGGGACGCACGAUGGAGGUUUAUAUUUUUGAUGAUCAGUAUAAUGAUAUAUCAUAUCAAAAGAUUUCCAAGCUCCCAAUGACGAUAAAUCUGGACUACCUCUCAAGAUAAAAUACACUUUUGUAUAUGUCUAAAAAUCAUCCAAUGAGCUCUGUGACAAAAAAAAUCACUUUUUAUAUCGGAGAUACGCAUUCAUUUUUUCAAGCCAGUAUUUCAAAUUUACCCCGAUAGGAACAUGAAAUUUAUUCUGUUGGAAAUAGAUAGAUAUGUAUAUUUUUAUAGCUAUAGAUUAUUUUUACGUAUUGGCUAUUACAAGUACACAAGGUUGAGCUAACUGAAAAACGUUUUGUUUCUUUGAUAUUUCAUAUUAUCUUUGUAUUCUAAUAAACAUCUUAUAAUGUUAAAA